AUGUGUUUGUUCUUACGACUCCUUCUAAUUGUUUUUAUAAGCACUCAGCUCUUAAAAGAAGCAGCAACAACAACAAACACAAAAGUAACAAAAUCAACAGCAGUCACGGCUUUUACAAACACAUCACAAACAGCAAAAUCAGAAAUGGAAAUAGGUUCAAAUGUAGCACAAACAAGCCUUCCCUCCGUGAACGAAAUCACUUCAACUCAACCAAAGUCACCAUCUUCAGGAUUUUUACAGAUACCAUCGUCUUCCCAGUCGGGAAAAACAGCACAAUUGGUAUCUACGACAUUACAUACAACAACAAUAACCCAGAGAUUUUCUGCUCCGUCAAGUUUGCAAAUCUCCACUGAAAACCGAGCCAUACCGACGAGAACGGCGACAGAAAUGAACACCACGUCAAGUGUAGACGCAACAACGACCGCCAACUCACAUGUACAAAACACUCUCACCUCGUUUUCAACGAGCCGCAGGUCUCAGCCAGAGAGCGUUUUGCCGUCGAGACCCUCUGCAGAUCUCAAUUCAACACAAAGUAAAGCUUCAAGCUACACAACUGGUGUUCCAAACCUAACGCUGUCUAUCAAUUCAAGUUACGCAACAUCAACGAUGUUCUUCACAAACUCAAGUGCCGCCACAACACAAGCUGUGUAUUUCAUAAGCGAUCAUUCGCCGAAAGAGAGUUCUACUUUUCCGGUCGCUCUUUCAACUACAGCACAAACAAGCUCUCCCUCUGUGAACAGGAUCACCCCAACUCAACAAAAGUCACCAUAUUCAGGAGUAUUCAAGAUACCAUCGUCUUCCCAGUCGAGACAAACAAUAAAAUCGACAUCUACAACUUUAAAUGCAACAACAGCAACCCGAAGAUUUUCUCCUUCGUCAAGUUUCCAAAUCUCCAGUAACAACCAAACCAGACCAAUGAGAACGGCGACAGCAAUGAACACCACGUUAAGUGUAGACGCAGGAACAACCGCCGACUCACAUGUACAAAACACUCUCACCUCGUUUUCAACGAGCCGCAAGUCUCAGCCAGAGAGCGUUUUGCAGUCGAGACCCUCUGCAGAUCUCAAUUCAACACAAAGUAAAGCUUCAAGCUACAUAACUGGUGUUCCAAACCAAACUCUUUCUAUCAAUUCAAGUUACAGAACGUCGCUGAUGAUCCUCACAAACUCAGGCUCUGCUACCACGCAAGCUGUGUAUUUUACAAGCGAUCAUCCGAUUAAAGAGAGCUCUUCCCUUCUGGUUGCUCAUACAACUACAGAUUCUUUCACAAAGCUGACUUCGGCAAUCUCAGUUUCAGUGUCGCUUAACUGGACAGACUGGUCCGUGGACUCAAGUGACUGUCAGCGGCAUUGUUCAGACAUGGGAGGAACUGUGACUGCGAGUCGUCAUUGCUAUUCUCAUACAGUGACGUUCAAAGAAAGCAUCUGUACCAAAUACAGAACCUUAACUCAAGCGUUUAAAUGCGGCCAACCACAUUGUCCAAUCUCAGGAACAACAUUGUUAGGAGUGUCCAUCUCAACAGUGGUAGUCGGGACUUUGCUUCAUAUGUUGCCGAACUUUUUCGGGGGUUAAGACUCCAACGAACUUUAUAACGUCAACGUUUGUGUCUUGCUCUCUUAGCAUGAGGGUUUACUUUAAAUAGUGUGCAAGCGUCAUAAUCGCAGAGGCGUAGACAAAAUGUAGUUUAAAUUUCUUAGACUAUUUUAAGACCUCUAACGUUUAUAUUUAUAGUAUAGUAUCAAGAGAAUAGUCAAGAAAUUAUAAAUGUCUUGAUGGUAUAAAUGUUUUUAUACACUUUAUAACGUAAAAAAAAACAAAACAAAAAAAAAACGAUGUAGUGCCAGAUGGUACUUAGCAAGAGUAAAAUAAGUUUUUACAUUGAGUCAACAGUUGCCGGGUUAUUGUAACGAAGAACAAGAGAAGAAGAAAGCACCAGAUCUACUUUUGUUAACCAUCCCAACUCAUGAACAAAGGAAAACAAUCAUAUUCACUUCAACAGAAAAAAAUAAGCCUUAGCUAUGAUAUACGAAGGAACUUCUGAACAAACGUGUGUUCAAUACUACGUUGAUUUCUCAAAGCCUUAGCAAACGUUCGUGUCUCAUUUUACCAUAAGGAUGAACAGUAGAACAUUUAAUAAGGUGUAUCGUUUCAUCGAUGUGGGGAUGCAUUUUAAAUGGCACAUUGUAAAUUCGGCUGUAAAGAAAAAAAAAACAUUUGACCCGCCUCGAUUAGCAUUUGCCAUAUGCGGGUCAAAGGAAUAUCUUGUAAAUAUGUAAGAAAAUGAAAAAUAAA